AUGUACCGCCCUUCUGAUCUAAAAACCUUAAUUUUUCUGAUAUUUUAUACUCUUACUGAAUGGUUUUGCUGCACUUUUUAUAUCUUUUGGUUCAGUCUGGGUAUUUUAGUCAUUCGCAAAACACAAAACGCAACUGCAGCGGUACGGUACGUUAAAGAGCACAGUCAUACUGUAUCUGAGGAAGCAAUUUCUGCUUCACCUGCCUUCCGGAAAUUACUAGACUCAUUAGACCGGGAGUUUCAGAAACCACCAGCUAUAUUCCUUCUCAAUCAGUAUGCUCUCAAUAUGACUUUUAAUUUUCUCUGCAACACACGAGAUAUGACUGGUGUUCAUGAACGAUUAAUUUUCAUCACUUUGGAUAGCGUGGCGAAGGAUGUAUUAAUGGAGUAUUGGCCUAAUGUAAGACAAGUGUACUGGCCAACACCCAGUUUAUAUAAACCCUUCAGUUUUGCUGAAGGUGCCUAUCAAACGUUAUACUUAUUACGGGCAAACAUGGCAGUAUGUUUGUUGAAAAACGGAAAAUCAUUUUGGAUGAUGCAGCAAGAUACUUUUUGGCGUAAAAACUUGUUUGAUCUGCAUUUUGAAGAAAAUCACGCAUACGACGCCAUAUUCGACCAAAUCGGCGAUGACAAAAACUCAAAGAGAGCCGAAUGGGUGAAUGGUGCGAACUUUUUUGUUCAUGCUAACAACAGAACAGUGAAAUUUUUCGAAGCAAUAGCUCGGAAAUUAGCACAUUGGUAUACACCAGAUAUGGGCAUAAUGAUUCACCAGUGUCAUACUUGGAGAGAAUCAAAAUGUAGUUACAUCCCGCACAAAAUAGCUCACUCAUGGGAAUGGAUGUACACUGAUCAAAAAAAUCCACCUUAUAUCAUGCAGUUAGAUUGUGAAACAGAUGGGGGAUCAAAGCUGAUGCAGUUAGCCAAGUUUGGAUUCUAUUUUAUGAACAGUGACAAUCAUAAAAUCUGCAAUCAAACGGCGGUUGAUCUCGUAAGGAAACGAAUGGAAGAUGGAAAAAUCGAAGUUUCAAGGACAAGACUUAGUUGGGGACGUUUCCAGUUCAAAGUUUAUUGGUGGAUUGUGGAUUAUAUUCUCAGCACACCAAUUAUUGGGCAGCUAAUGAAGCCAUAUCUUCCGUUGAUCGGUUUCAUCAUGAUGAUAACGAUAUGA